ACUAUUAAAAGAAAACAUUUAGAUAAGCAAUAAAAAAAAACAAAACAUUUAAAGAAAAUUGUGUUAAAAUAAUAUAAAAAAGCAUCACUAUGAGUGCUCGUGGCUUUUUAAUUGCUUCUGAUUCGCUGGAAUCUAUGGAUAUACAGAUGGCAGAUGCGUUUAAUCCACGCUCACCAAAAACACCACCUUUACAUUUGGAUUUGUCUAAUGGAAGUGAAUCACCUUUGGCUAAUGCUGCCGGUCAAUUGCCUAAAACACCCGGUGCUAUAGAUGAAAAUUCUUCGGAUGAUGUGUUACCCAAUGAGAUAUCAGCACCCUAUGAAGUGCCUCAGUUUCCUAUUGAGCAAAUCGAAAAGAAAUUGCAAAUACAAAGACAACUUAAUGUACGUUGGUUGCACUUUAUUUUGCACCAUUUAAAACACAUUGCAAUUAAUCUUUUUUCCUUAACACAUAAACACAACAACAAUGCUCGUCAUGCUGUCAUCUUUUUUUUGGGUAAAACACAUUUGAAUUAUUCACCUAAACACCGUAAUGUUGAUUUUGAAACGUACACCCUUGUAUAUGGUCGAUCGUACUUAGAUCAUCCUAUCCACCCACCAACGGAAACUAGUGAUCCCUGGGAUAUUGAAAUGCCUGCCGAUAAAUCAUAUUGCAUUAGGGCUGUCGAUGGUGUUUUUAAUGUGUUCCAAAAUGAGCAAUCCGAAGAGCCUAUGAUACAAAACUAUCCCAAACUUAAAGAUUUUUGUAAUGACAUGCAAAUCAUGUGCAAUAUGAUAGCUGAUGGACCUUUGAAAUCAUUUUGUUAUCGACGUUUAUGUUAUUUAUCUUCGAAAUUUCAAUUGCAUGUUCUACUCAACGAACUAAGAGAAUUGGCUUCACAAAAGGCUGUGCCUCAUCGAGAUUUCUAUAACAUAAGAAAAGUCGAUACUCACAUUCACGCCGCCUCGUGCAUGAAUCAAAAACAUUUAUUACGUUUCAUUAAGAAAACCCUUAAAAAUAGCGCCAAUGAAGUGGUCACCGUUACCAAGGGCCAAGAGAUGACUUUAUCUCAGGUAUUUCAAUCGAUGAAUUUAACUACUUAUGAUCUGACAGUUGAUAUGCUGGAUGUACAUGCUGAUCGUAAUACGUUCCAUCGUUUUGAUAAAUUCAAUGCCAAAUAUAAUCCUAUUGGUGAGUCGCGUCUCAGAGAAGUCUUUCUGAAAACGGAUAAUUAUUUGAAUGGAAAAUAUUUUGCACAAAUUAUAAGGGAAGUGGCCUUUGAUUUGGAAGAAUCUAAAUAUCAAAAUGCCGAACUGCGUUUGUCUAUUUAUGGCAAAUCUCGAGAUGAAUGGAAGAAAUUAGCCAAAUGGGCCAUUGAUUAUAAUGUUUAUUCAACAAAUAUACGUUGGCUAAUACAAAUACCCAGACUUUAUGAUAUUUUUAAAUCAAAUAAACUAAUGACCUCAUUCCAAGACAUAUUGGACAAUAUAUUUUUGCCUUUAUUCGAGGCUACCAAAGAGCCUAGUAAACAUCCUGAACUACAUCGUUUCUUACAUUAUGUCAUUGGUUUCGAUUCGGUAGAUGAUGAAUCAAAACCAGAGAAUCCUUUGUUUGAUGGUGAUAUUACUACGCCACCCAAAUGGACUGAUGACGAGAAUCCACCAUAUGCUUACUAUAUCUAUUAUAUGUAUGCAAAUAUGACGGUGUUGAAUCAGUUUAGAAAGGAACGCGGCCUAAAUACUUUUGUUUUACGUCCUCAUUGUGGUGAGGCGGGACCUGUACAACAUUUAGUGUGUGGUUACUUAAUGGCUGAGAAUAUCUCUCAUGGUUUACUAUUGCGUAAAGUACCCGUUUUGCAGUAUUUAUAUUAUCUAACACAAAUCGGCAUAGCCAUGUCACCACUCUCCAAUAACUCCCUAUUUCUUAACUAUCAUCGUAAUCCACUGCCGGAAUAUUUGGCACGUGGUCUUAUAGUUUCACUCUCCACCGAUGAUCCCUUACAAUUUCACUUCACCAAGGAACCUUUAAUGGAAGAAUACAGUAUUGCAGCUCAGGUAUGGAAGUUGAGCUCAUGUGAUAUGUGUGAAUUGGCUCGUAACAGUGUCUUAAUGAGUGGUUUUCCUCACAAGAUGAAACAACAUUGGCUGGGACCAAACUAUACCCGCGAAGGUGUUGCUGGCAACGAUAUUACACGCACCAAUGUACCCGACAUACGUGUGGCCUAUCGCUCGGAAACUCUACUCGAUGAGUUGUCUAACAUUUUCAAAGUUCAUCAACAUCCUUUGCCGGAUGUCGUAGAAGAAAGUCCUUAAAAUGUUUUGCGAUUUUGUCCUCUAACGGAAAUCAUGGUUGAAAUACUAAUAUUGAUGAUUUAUUCAAUAUUUAAAAACAAUUUUGUGUUUCUUUUCUGUUAAAUUAAGUGCGAAUUUAUUUGUGUAUUGCUUUUUGUAUAAGAUAUUCAACAAAGAAAAUGUUUAAUGGUAACACAAACUAUAACAAAACAAUAAUUAUAUAAACAAAUAUUUUUUAAAAUUAAUACUAAAAUGUUAUAAAAUAUAUACAUACAUACUUAUUAACCA